AUGGGUGCUGUUCUAGGAUUGCGUCUGGCCAUCAAGUGCAAGGAGUUGUUAGGCCUGACGACACUGAUGUUUUGGACAGAUAGCAUGGACGUGGUAUUUUGGAUUCGCGGCCAGUCCAGACGCUAUAAGCCAUUCAUAUCACAUCGAAUCGCCGAGAUCCAAGAGGAAACCUGUCCCCAGCAAUGGAGGCACGUCCCCGGAAAGAAGAAUCCAGCGGACCUGGCGACUAGAGGCGCCUCAGUUCAUGAUCUGAUUCACGACAGUUUCUGGACCUAUGGACCGGACUUUCUCCAAUUGGAAGAAAAGAAUUGGCCAACGCCAAAGAACAUUGAUCAACCAGAGUUUUCCGAACAAGCUCAAGAUGAAAUUCCAAAGAACAAAGUUCAGACUUUCGCCACUUGUCAUGGAGAAAACACCUUGGUGAAUGAAUCGAUCAUCGACUGUCAUCGGUACUCAAGUAUGUCCAGAUUGGUGCGUGUGACUGCUUGGGUGUUGAGAUUCGUUCACGUCCUGAAGACAAGACAGAAACCAUCUUACCCAGUUCUGGAACUCAGGGAGUUAGACCGAGCUGAGCAAUAUUGGAUCAGACAGGUUCAACAAGAGACUCUCAGUCCAGUCAUAAAGAGUCUGCGAAGCGACAAGCCUUGCACGUCAGGAAACUUGAAGCCGCUUCUUCCCUUCCUAGACGAUGAGGGAUUUGUUCGUGUCGGAGGGAGAUUACAAAACUCAGAUUUGCCCUUUCACGUGAGGCACCCAUAUCUAGUCCCACGGCAGAGUCACGUCGCCCAGCUCCUAGUCCGCAGAGUUCAUUGUAACGGUAGACAUGCCCGUGGUGUGAACGCAAGCUUAGCCGACCUCCGUCAGAAGUACUGGGUCGUGCAUGGACGGGAGGAGUUAAAGAAGUAUGCCAGAGGAUGUGUGGUCUGCAACAUGAAACGUAAACGGCCGUAUAAGCAGGUGAUGGCGCCGCUUCCAUCUCAUCGAAUCACAGUUCGUAUUAGAGCCUUUGCGAAGACUGGAGUGGAUUAUGCUGGACCGUAUUUAGUGAAAAUAUCGAGAAAAACUAACGCCAAACGUUGGUUGUGUCUCUUCACGUGCACAACCUCAAGAGCCGUGCAUCUGGAAAUCGCUUACGGUCUGGACACAGACAGUUUUCUACUCGCCUUCUCACGCAUGGUUGCUAGGAGGGGAAAACCUGAACUUGUGAUAUCUGACAACGGAACCAACUUCGUGGGGGCAAACCGCGAAUUGGGCGAGGCCAAGCUCACUGAUGAGGAGCUAGUUACAGUAGUAGCGGAGGUUGAGGGCAUCCUCAACUCUAGGCCACUUACCUACUGCAGUGAUGAUCCCAAUGAUGACGUUGUUUUGACACCAAACCACUUUCUGAUCGGCCAAGCUGGAGGCCAGCUUGCACCCCGCGUCCUGGAGGAUAUAGCAGCAAGUCCAAGAGAUCGUUGGAGAUACAUUCAACAGAUGGUUACCCAGAUAUGGCGCCGGUGGAACCGAGAGUUCCUUAGUUUACUUCAAACCCGCGGAAAAUGGCUGGAUAUCAAGCAAGAUCCAGAAGUUGGAGAUAUAGUUUUAGUAGCCGACUGGACCAACCCAAAGGGCAAGUGGCCACUGGGACGAAUCGUGGAAACCCUGCCGUGUAAAGACGGACAUGCCCGUAGCGUGCGGGUUGAGUCGCGUGGGAAGGAGUUUCUGAGACCUAUCAGCAAGAUUUGCCCCCUCUACGUUAACAAUGCAGAUUCGGUGGCCAACGGCCUUGCGUUGGACCACGGGGGGGAGCGUGUUGGGGCGCAGGACCCCGCUGCGGAGACCGAUCAGCCGGUUGCGGCUGACGGGGAAAAGGUCACAUAA